CCUAAUUACCAAAAACGAGUUGACCAACUUCACCACCUUCUCCCUCCCAUAUAAACAAAUCACUUCAAAUUCUCAAUCCAAUCCAGAGUUUAAUAAAAUUAUCGAGGGCCAACACUACAGAUUUCUCCUCUCUUCAAUAAGGCCCUCAGGCUCUGGGUUCUUCCGAUCCAAGCCUGAUCAAUAGUAAAUAACAAUAACAAUAAUAAAAAAGUGUAACAACAUUAUUCACCAAGUAGCAAUAAAAAAAUCUCUUACCGCGACAGUUACUUACACAAAUUAACUAGCUAGGUUAUACUUUUGCACCAUGGGGGACUCCGACGACAGCAGCAAGAGGAAGAUCGCCGUCCUCGGCGUCUCGUCCUUGCUCCUCGUCGCCAUGGUGGUCGCCGUCACCGUGGGCGUCAACGAGAAAGUCGACGAACGCGGCGGCGGUGGCGGCACCACCGCCGAGUUGUCCACGUCAUCCAAGGAAGUGACCGCCCUCUGCCAGCCGUCCACCUACAAGGACACGUGCGAGAAGAGCCUGGCCAAGUCCGCGGAGAACACCACGGACCCCAAGAAGCUGGUCCAGGUAGGGUUCGAGCUCGCCGCGGACUCCCUCAGGGAGUCCAUAAAAAAUUCGGACACCCUAAAGGAGAUCGCCAAGGACCCCAUGGCGAAGCGCGGUCUCGAGAUCUGCGACGAGCUGCUCGAGACCGCCAUCGAGGACCUCGGGAGGUCUGUCGACGAGCUGGGCUCGUUCGACAUGACAAAAGCCUAUGUCCACCUCGACAACUUGAAAACGUGGCUCGAGGCCACGGUCACGUUCCAGGAGAACUGCAAGGACGGGUUCGUGAACACCACGGGCCCAGCCGGGGACAAGAUGAGGGAGAUCCUCAAGACGUCGGAAGAGCUCACCAGCAAUGGGCUCGCCAUGGUUGAUGGGCUGGCUAAGAUCUUCGCGUCGUUCAAGUUUGGUGGGUCCCGCAGGCUGAUGGAGGCCCAAUCCGAGUUCCCUUCGUGGGUCAGCCCGGCCCAGAGGAGGCUCUUGGCCGCCGAUCCGGCUGGCGUCCAGGCCGAUAUGGUUGUGGCCCAAGAUGGAAGCGGGCAGUACAAGACUAUAAUGCAGGCCAUCAGCGCCAUCCCGAAGCAGCACAAGAUCCCUUUCGUCAUUAGGGUGAAGGAAGGAAUUUACAAGGAGACAGUCUUGAUCCCCAAAUCUGCUGAAGGCAUUGUGAUGAUCGGCGAUGGCCAAACCAAAACUCGUGUCACCGGUAACAAAAACUUCGCCGCCGGUGUCCAAACCUCUGACACUGCCACCUUCGCUGUGGUAGCACCGAGCUUCGUAGUCCGCGACAUGGGCUUCGAGAACACGGCCGGAGCGGAAGGCCACCAGGCGGUGGCCUUCCGCUCGAGGUCCGACAACUCCGUCGUCUACAACUGCGCCUUCGACGGCUACCAGGACACGCUCUACGCCCAGGCCUACCGCCAGUUCUACCGCGACUGCUCCAUCACGGGAACGAUCGACUUCGUCUUCGGCACAGCCCGGACCGUACUCCAAAACUGCAAGCUCAUCGUCCGCAAGCCGCUCCCAAAUCAGGCCUGCAUCGUCACCGCCGAGGGCAAGAAGGAUCCCAGAGGCGACUCUGCCAUCGUCCUCCAGAGCUGCCACAUCUCCGCCGACCCGGCCUAUUUCCCCGUCAGGCACACCAACAAGGCAUACUUGGGCAGGCCAUGGAAGGAGUACUCCACAACAAUUGUUAUGAAUUCAGUUUUGGAUGACUUGAUUGCUCCUGAGGGUUGGUUGCCGUGGCAGGGAGAUCUCGGGUUGAAUACUCUGUUUUAUGCAGAGUUUGAGAACACUGGGCCGGGCGCGGCUCAGGGAGGUCGGGUCGCGUGGAAGGGGAUCAAGAAGUUGGAUGCGACUCAGGUUGAGAAGUUUACUCCUGGGAAGCUUUAUGUUGAAGGAGAUGCUUGGAUUAGGGUUACGAAUGUGCCCUAUGUUCCUGGGUUUAUGAAGUCGUGAAGGGGGAAAAAAACAGGGGAGGACUGGAGGAGUGUGAAUAAGAGGGGUUUGAUUGUUGGGGGUGGGUUAAGGCUAAUUAAUUUAAUUGAUUAAUAGUGUAAUUUGUAAAGUUUGAUUAGCUAUUAUGUUGUGUUUGUAUUGAAGCUAACUGGAAAAAAAAAUUGUAGAACAUAUAAAGGAAAAUAAAGUGAGAAAAAGGAGAAAAUAAUUGACUGAAUGAAUUUCUUGACUCGUUUUGUUUGUUUAUGUUUUUUUUAUAAUUCCUCAU